AUAUUUCGUUAUAUUUUUAUGGACAUACUGAAAUAAAAUUUUCAAAUAUGUACUCAAUGAUUCUUUGGCCCAUUUUAUAUCUUUUACGAACAGUCCUCUCCUGUGGGACGUGCCUUUUUGUCUGUAUGUCUGUUAGUUUGGGCACGCAUCACGCAGAAACUACUCAACGGAUUUGAAUACAAUUUGAAACAUUUAUAGCUGAUACUUGGAAUUAAAAUUAAAAACUUUUCAUUUCGAAAAACAACAGGGUUCGUUCGGGAUAUGCGGUGAAAGUUUUUGUAGAUUUUACUUCAUAACUCCACCACACCUUGACCGAUUUUCACAAUUCUUCUUUCACCGCAAAUCAUUAUUAGUUUCAUUUUGCCAAACUUCGUGAAGUUUUGGUCAAUAUUAUUGUUGGCAGAGGAAAUGACUCCUGAGCCGACAGCAGCGAACCCCUCACUUAAGAAUUUAUGAAACAUUAUGAGAAAACUAUUGGUGAAAGAUAAUAAUGAUGUAGGCUGGGAUUGGGGGAUGUCUCUAAAAAGUUCAAGUUUGUAUUAAGCGAAAGCUUUUAGAAUAGUCAUUUUAUAGUAUAAAGGAUUACGUAAACGAUAAAAAAGCUUAAGUGUGUACUAUUGCUCUUCAAAUGGCAAUGUGAGAUGGUGAAAAAAAAGUAAGUAUAUUGUGGGCUUCCUAUUCCUAAGACCAGGGCGGGUUUGUAACCCUCGUAGCUUUAGUUUUAAGUUUACUAUAUAAUGUUGUUAUCGCCAAUACUGCUCACUACUAUGUACCUACCUAUGUAAUCAACGCAUUAAAAGAGCCAUCUGUGUAUAUUUUCAUAAAGAAAUAUUUGACUUUGACUUUGUCAUGAUCACAGGGUGAUUUAUUAGUAGAAGUAUAACUAGCUAUCAUAGUUGAGUCGCAAUAGCAGCUUUUGUGUGUGAACAUUUAAUUGGAUCGCCGAUAGCCCAAAAGUGGGUUACGUUGGUGUCGCAGAGUUAACCCUUAGUCCAACUAAUCGUUUUAUAAUUAGUCGUAAGUGAUAAAAACUGUAACCGAAGGGCGUUAAAUUCUUCUUGAAAUCUCCAAAGUAAUUCCCACUAUUUACUAGCCCUAGUUGUUAUUGCAUACCCAGAAAAAUCUACAAUUGUUUGCCGCUGCUACUGCCAGCCAACAACAAACGCGGACGAAGUCGCGGUCAACAGCCAGCUAAACUCUUCCAGUUUCCAGUUACAAAAAUGAAAAUGUCUUUAAAAAAACUAAAAAUAAAGUAGUUUUCAACCUCAAGCUCGAAUGAGACAACGAUCCCUUCGAACCUUUUCAGUGCUCGAGUUUUUGUUAACGAUUAAGUUAGACUAGACCUUGGAUAAUUAAUGUAUUAUGGACAAUAACACAGUCACAGAUAUUCAUUUAUGUUAUUAUUCCUAACAUUUAACAAUUCUUUUAAUGCUUGAAAAUAAAAAAAAUCAUAUCAGAGUGUAUCGUUUCCAAAAGACAGAGAAAACUUGGGAACUUAUACCUAAUAGUAGUGGUAGAGUAGGUGGAAGAUUAUGCGUGUUUACAUGGAUCAGAAUAUGUCUUUUAGUUUGCAUUCAGUAUGAUCCCUUAAUUAUUAUGCAAUACGUGAAACGGUAAAAAACUACUAAAGUUAUUAUAUAAUUGUAGUAUCAUGACCAUUUUGGAGCUCUACAUUUUCAUUAUAUUAUCGCACAGCGCCAUCUACCUCCUAAUGGUAAUAUGGCUCGGGAUUCCGUGUACGAAAUGGCGCGACAUUGUGCCAACAGAUGGCAAUAGUAAUUUUCUGUUUUAGCUAGGACUGUCUAAUAAAAUUAUAUUAAAUUUUAAUUGUAAGUAAAAAAAAUUAAAUAAAAAUAUAAAAGUCUAAAACUAAUUAUUUUACUUUACUCAAUUGCACAAUUAUUUUUAAAUGGACUAAAUAUAUCUCUCUAUAGUUUCUCAAGGUAUUCUUUUUUUCACGGGACAGCACUACUUAUUGACUUUUUGUUUAGAUAUUUGCUUACCACUACAACAGUUUAGUGAUGCAGCAUGCUAGUUCAGCGCCAUCUGUGUGUCAAGCGGGACACUCGCCGCUCCCGCGAGGCCGCGGCCUGCAGUCGCAAGCCAAAGUCGCCCGAGAGCUGUCACUACUCGCUGGGGCGUGGGGUAAGGUUGCGGCGCGGUCCGCUUUAGCGCCAGUAGACACGCGGCUCGGGUCGGAAUGGCGUCCAGUGGCGCGGCGACUGCGCCGGCCAGCCAGCAAGAGGCCGAUGACGAGGUGACGGUGCGCGACAUGCGCGCGGAAGACAUGGCCGACAUCCACCGUAUGAUACACGAGCUGGCUGAGUUCGAGGGUAUGCCGGACGGGCCGCAGCUGAGCGUACAAGAUCUGAUCGAGGACGGCUUCGCUUGCUCGCCGAGCUGGUUCUUCGGGCUGGUGGCGGAGCGGCGCGGCCGCGUGGUGGGCUACGCGCUGGUCAACCGCGCCUACUCCAGCUGGACGCGGCGCGCCUUCUACGUGGAGGACCUGUUCGUGCGGCCCGAGGCGCGCGCGCGCGGCGUGGGCGGGCGCCUCAUGCGCGCGCUGUGCGGCCGCGCGCUGGCGGCCGGCGUGCGGCGCGUGGACUGGCACGUGCUGGCCAGCAACGCGGGCGCGCUCCGCUUCUACGCGCGGCUCGGCGCGCGCGACCUGGCCGCCAGCGAGGGCCGCGCCGCGCUGCGCCUGGACCACGCCUGCAUCGAGGCCGUGGCGGCGGGCCGGCGGCCCGGCGGCCCGGCGGCUGCUAACUAAAUGCAUUCGUCGCUGCGGGCACUUUGCUUCCCGUGCGCGGAUCUGGUACGCAUUUGGGCCGCCCGGAUCCUACCGCUCGGGCUGCACUCGUGCGGGCCGCAGAUUAUCAGACCGGACAGAUGCGGGCAGAAAUCCGUAUUACACGAAACGGACCCUAAACGUCGACACUGGCCGAGCGAAGUGGGUUUCUUGGUAGGUAGGUUUUGAGAUAUUUAAAAUAAUUGCUUGUGUAUUAUACUUAGUAGGUAUGUAUUUGUUAAAACAAAUAAUCAUUUGUUUAAGAAUUAAUGUAACUAAUUUAAUAAAAUAAAUAUUUUUUGCACCACCUGA